CAGGGGACAGCACUCUCAUCAAACGUGUUUUAUCAAUAAUUCAUUGGUGUGAUAAACAAACUAUAACACGAAAUAAUGUCAUUUUUUAGAAUUUGUAGCUUAACGAAUUAAAUUUCCAAUUACUGUCGUUGUAAAAAAAGCGUUUCAGUCGUGACUACAAAAAGCCUAACUUGUAACAUUAUCGUAGAGGUGUAAUCCACUCGUUCAUCCGUAGAGAUUCGACGCCGCAGCAGACAGCUGUUCAGAUUGAUGUGUCAUGGGUCAGAGACACUAAAGAAAUUACUGGAAUGUCUCUGCACGGAUUUACAACGUAAUACUCCUUGGUGACGUUCUGUUGCGGCAAUGUUAAGUUUCAGAAAAUCACCACAUUGAAAUAGCGCAGCUGUGGAGUCGCCGAGCGGUUGUAAAUAACAUUUAUCCUCAUUAUGUGAUUCGACAUAAGCAAGACGACGGUGUUGCGAUGGCAGGCGUACCAGACCCUCAAGAUGUUGACAUAGAAGACGGACAGGAGCUUGAAGAAGACACCUUAAACUCUGACAUAUUAAAACAGAUAUUGGAAGCAAAAGAUGGAAUGCCUAGCAAGUUCCAGAGUUUCUGGGAGAGGGAUGAGCAAGAUGUGGAUGAGUUCACUAAAGAAGAAAUAGAAAAUGAGCCACCAAAGCGCAUACUAUGGGCUGCUGAAAAUAAUCACUUGAGUAUUGUACAACAGCUUUUGGCAAUGGAUCCAUCCCUGGUGAAUGCAAGAGACAGAGACCAAUACACACCUCUACACAGAGCAGCAUAUGGGGACCAUGUUGAAAUAGCAGAGCUUUUGCUUCUAAACAACGCGGAUAUAAAUGCCAGAACGAUUGAUGGGUGGCAGCCUCUGCACAGUGCUUGUCGCUGGAACUGCGCACGAACGGCUGAGCUGCUUCUUCAGAAUGGAGCACAGGUCAACGCCCAAAGCAAUGGUGGGCUGACACCACUGCACUUGGCCUGCUCAGAGCCUGAGAAUGCUGAGGUGGUAGAGUUGCUGUUGAUGUGGCCAGGCAUAGACGUUAAUUUAGUGAGCCACUCGGGUCAGACGGCUGAGCAGAUAGCCUCCAGCUCCUCAGUCCUUGAGCAUUUAUUUCAAGUAGUGCACCCGAGUGUGAAUCAACUUUAUCCUACACCAUAAGGCCAACAGACAGGCUUUUCAACAAGGAAAACCAGAUUCCACAGCAGUUAAAAAAAAUUCUAUGAAGUGCAAGUCACUGGAUCCUAUCUUUUGCUGUGUAGUAGACACUGCUUAGUUGUAGUGGUCAGAGUUCAGGUUGUGCCCACUUUUGUUGAUAAAAGCUAACUGCCUAGUUCUAAUUGGAAGAGGGAACAUACUUUUCAACUAGGUGCCUGCAAAAUCUGUGCAAGUGACAAGGUAGAACUGGGAUACAACAUAUCUUCUGUCCAUCCAAGCUUUUGCUAAGUUUGUAUUAGUGACCCCAGUUUAAUCAAAUGUCUCAGCAGUGAUGUAAGGCUUUCAUGAUCACUUCAUUGACCUAUUCUCCCCCCCAACCCCUCUGUGGUCAUUUUUAUAAAGCAAUGGUAAGUCGUUGCCCCGGAGCAACAUAGGGAACUUAGUAAGAGUCUUGUUUCUGAAGUUAGAGAGCAGUGUCCAGGCCAGUGCAUGGUGCUUUACCACAGGAGCUAUAGUUAUAAGGCUAGAGCUAAAUAAUCCUGGGGUAAUAAAACAAAAUAAUAUCCAUUGGGUCUGGGCACAGCAUUGUAACUAUGAAAACAAGAUGAUUCUCCUUGAGUUCUCUGUGUUGCCUGGGAAAACGACUUACUCUUGCUUCGUAACUAUGGCCCUGGUUUGGUAGAUGACGCAUGAUAUUUUCAGUCACAGACCACUUUGACCCUAAACCAUAUCAACCUUGUACCUCAGUCAGAUUGACCCCUGCCAUGAUAUCCCACUCAAGACCGAUCAUCAUAUCACCAAAAGUUGAAUUUAUCACUGAUGACACAAGUAGCUGUUAAUGUCAAAUAUUCCCAACAGAGCUAUGUGUUUGAAAAAGCUCAGCCAUCAUCGAUUUCAAAUUGGCACAAUGUCAUUUUCUCGUUAAGCAUUUUAAAGAAAAAAAAAGUUUAUAAUUUUUAUUUUGGUGGUUCAUAUUAAAUCUGUAGUUGUGACCAA